AGAGUGACACAGCUGCCUCACAGAACCAGUGGCAAUUUCAAGAGAACUGUGGAGUACUAUUUUACAGCUGAUUGAUCUUUCCCAUCCAUCUGAUAUUUGUCAAAGAAUUACAGGAGUCAAAAUGCAAUUGAUCUUCCAGUCCUUUCUCUCGUGCUGUCUGCUGGCGACAGUAGCACACUGUGUGGAGCUUCAAGUGAAUCCGGAGUUGAAAGAAAUGCGAAGCAUAUGGCUCGGGAGCAGAUUGAGACGGGAUCUUGACAGUGUAUCAGUAGAGAAGACAGCAGAGUCUGAGAACUUUGUCAGACCAGAAGAUAUCAGGGAUACUUUGCUGCCACAUUCCAGCACUGACAUCAAUGUCCGAACCAAGAGGUCUAAACACUCAGGCAAUCAGUCAAGAAGACAAGGUUGUUCGCUGGGCACCUGUGCAGUGCAUGACCUCGCGCACCGCCUGCACCAGCUCGGUAACAAGUUGAAGAUCGGGAGUGCCCCUGUCGACAAGUUCAGCCCACAGGGAAAGCCGCCACACUAGAAUAAUACUAUAAUUUACUGUCACUUAAAGAAGUGUAUUGAUAACAACAGUUAUCAACAGUUGAUUUACUGGAUAUAAGGUAUCGACUGACUGGAAAAAACUUGCAGAAAUGGUAGAUUAAAUAUAUGGAAUAGCAACUGAUGCAGAAUAUUUCCAUCAGUAUUAUGUUCAGCAGGUUAUAUAAUCAUAUACUACUUCUCUAUACUUGCUGCCCUCUUUUUUCAGUAUAAUAAUUUUGAUUUAUCAGAAGGAUUUCUGCCAGGGACACUUCUGUCAUCUUUCACCGCAAAUCAACUACUUGUCAAAUAUGCCACCUGUACAAAAAAACACUAGUUGUAUUAAAGUACACUACACAAAUAUAUAUUUUACCUGACUGUAUCACAAAGCUGCUCCAACUGCAACAUUAAAAUGAUCAGGGGUUAUUUCAUGGACUCACAUAAUUGUAUGCGCUUUUUAAAGCAACUUCAUAUAAUGCUUCAAUCUUCUGGUAAGUGACAAAAGGUUAUAAAAAAAAUCAACAUUGGUGCUGUCUAAGACAAUAGUUUGUGUUUUAAAAUAGCUCUUUCAAGCUGAACAUGGCUGUGUUUUGACAUACAGUACAAUGUGCAGGACAGGAUAAAUUCAUGGGAUUAGUGCAAAAUAUUGAAAUUUAUGAAAAUAGGAAAAGCUGUCACAAGGAAUAGCACAUGGAAACCAGUACU